AUGGAAACAGGGGCUGCGCAUGUCCAGCUGGAGUGUCGACUGUGUUUGGCCACAGAGAGAGAUGGGCCAGAGGGCUUGGAAGCCCGGCUAUGCUUCCCCUGCAACUGCCGAGCACCCGUCCACCACGGAUGCUUAAUGCAGUGGCAAAGGGCUCAAGAGGAGCAGUUUGCGGAGCGACACACUUUCGACGAAGUUCAAGCUCGCUUAAACACCUGCGAGGUUUGUGGAGCCAGGCUACUGCUGGAAGAGACCCCCUCUCGGUCACAACCGCAGCUUGGUUCGGCGGUCUGCCGAGCGCAGGGGGGCACGCAGAAAGUCGCGCUCCGCCGAGUGCCAACGCUGUCUCGGGCAACACGAAAUUUCUCCGAGUUCUCUGCCUCAGAUGGGCAGCAGCUUGAGGUUCUCGAGCAGGACGUUACCGGGGAGUUUUUUCGUGUACGUGCGCUUGGGGCGAAGCGCUAUCGAGGAGAAGGUGUCACGGCAGUGGCGGAGGGCUGGAUUCGACAUGUCUACUUGGAUUGGCAGUCUGGAGUCUCACUGCCGCCGCCGCGGAUGCCACCUGCAUUCCUCGCUGAAGGUACGGAUCGCUUAGGAGCGGAUGCUGCAACUGCUCAGGACAGUGUUUCGCAACAGGACGAGACAUGA